UGUAACAAUGGCUUCUUUCUGCGCACGUUUUUGUGUCUGUUUUGUGCUGCAGCUCGGUGUUUACGUUGCACCCGUUAACGCAUAUGCUGUCAAGCAUAGACCUAAGAGACAAUACGUGUGCAACGGAUCUUUGCAAACUAUUAAUGGGGAAUGGAGUAAAUGCAUUUGCAGAGUACAGUUUCGUACAGUGACGACAAUCUGCUGCACCUCUAAUGGAUGUGUUAUUGUGAGAUCACGCUCAGGAAGGAGAUCCUGUCCUGUGAGAUGCCUGAGCCAUCAGCGACAGCCUGUGCCCCAGUCUGUAAGGGUUGCAGGGUCAUCCUAUCAAGUGCAAUGCGGUUGUCCUGCUGGCUACAGUUAUAAUCGUCAAACAGGGUGUUGCCAAGGGGCGUGUCAAGGCUGCAGGUCUUACCAGAUUUGUAUCACUAGGAGGGGUGUUCAAAAUAUCGCUUACUGUGAAGACACCUGCAAUGGGUAUUCAUGUGGAUCAGGGCAAGAGUGCUAUCUCACAACCAGUCAAUGUCAACUGGUUGGUGGAGUUCAAAUAUGUCCUCGUGUGGCCAGAUGUCGAGAUGCAAAUCCUUGUUAUCUACUUCAGUGUAAGUCUUAUCAACGCUGUAGGGUUAUUGGCAACAUUCGAUUCUGUGAAGACUCGUGUGAAGGGUAUACUAGAUGUCAAAACUAUGAGCAGUGCUAUUUACGUCAGGUACGAUACUGUUCUGCAUCCAACUGUGUAUUUGGUGAUGGAGCUGCAUGCAGACUUCGAGCUACUAAACCUGGCAAAUGUCCUGUGAUUCAAGCUACUCGUUGCUAUAUGCUCGUUUCUCAGUGCUUUCGAGAUGAUCAAUGUCCAAGGUCAAGCAAGUGCUGUCAUGAUGGAUGUAGAUUUCAAUGUAUUCCUGUUUACAAUUCAAAUGACCCCUGUUCAUCAGUGGUGUGUUUGAGUCACCAAGUGUGCAACGUUUCUAAGGAAAUUGCUUAUUGCCUUGACACAUGUAGAAACAAUGGACCAUGUGACAGCUUGCAGGUGUGUCGUCUGGUUGAUCAAGACUGUAGUGGUGCAUUACCAUGUCCAAAGAGAGCACGAUGUGAAAAACCGGCAUGUGUGGGUGACACGCACACAUAUAGAACCAACAGACCAUCUUUCUCUAUUUCCUAUCCUGGACAUAUAACCAGCACAACUUGUGGACGAUUUAACGGUUCUGUGGUCAUCAUAGCAACAAACGGUCAAUGUAUUAAUGUGACAGCAGAUGUCAGAUAUCCAAACCCUAAGGCAGGAGAGACUAUAAAAGUUUAUGAUGGACAAGCACCAAGCAAGCGUUUACGUUUUCAAGGACAAAGUCUUCGAAAUGUAUAUUUUGUAUCAUCAGGUCCAACUAUGACAAUUGUUUUUACAACUCCAGACAUUAGUGCGUCAAUUGGGAUAUAUUUAUUCUUUCGACUGCAAAGUACAUGUCACAUUGCAUAUACUGUCGAGAGAUUUGAAGUGGUUACAACUCCGAAUCCAAUAAUAACAACUGAAUCUAUUACAACUCCAGCAACAACAACUGAGUCUGUUAGUACUACACGAAUUGUUACAACUCCAGCAACACUAACUGAGUCUGUUAGUACUACACGAAUUGUUACAACUCCAGCAACAACUGAGUCUGUUAGUACUACACGAAUCGUUACAGCUCCAAUAACAACAACUGACUCUUUUGCCACUACGCAAAUUGUUACAACUCCAAUAAUAACAACUGACUCUUUUGCCAGUACGCGAAUUGUUAAAUCUCAAACAGUUGUAUCAACAUCUGAGCCAGCUUCUACAAACAAGUGUCCUCAUGAUUGCCCAACUCCUGGGAUUGGAUGUACACUGAUAAAGACAAAUGAUGAUGAUGAUUGUUGUGGCGAAGAAAGAUGUUUUUUAUAAAUCUGAUCAAUCCACGAUCGACCGAGAUGCAUUGGCUGUUUGUGAGACGUACUGCUUUGUGUUUCUAUAAACUUCUUGAUUGUCCAGAACAAGCAUGUCAACAUGCUAACAGCACAAGCGAUAAAUGCUGUUUUU